AUGCUUCAAACCCGAAUGGCCCUCCGGGGCAUUCGGUUGCCCUUUCGGUGUCUACCCUCUGUACCCUCCCCCGUCCGUGGGUACUCGACGAUCAUAAAUGAACUCGAAACCAAGCCCAAGCCAAUUGAAACCCCCAUCAACUCUUUCAUCGAUCCCAACACCUCCUUCGCUCCCCCACCCACCCGCGCCUCGGCCGGCGUGAACCUGCGUACCUACACUCCACGCACGCCCGGUGUGAGACAUUUGCGACGACCGGUCAACGAUCACCUGUACAAGGGCCGCCCGGUGCACAAGCUGACCUUCCCCAAGCGUGGUCACGCCAAGGGUGGACGAAACAACUCGGGUCGAGUGACCGUCCGUCAUCAUGGUGGUGGUGCUAAGCGUCGCAUUCGUACUAUUGACUUUUUGCGCAUGGCCCCGGGGCCACACACAGUCGAGCGUAUUGAAUAUGACCCCGGUCGUAGCGCACAUAUUGCUCUGACGGCGAGCAAGGAGACCGGCAAGCUGAGUUACAUCCUCGCCGCGGAUGGAAUGCGCGCCGGCGACGUGGUCCAGAGUUACAUGUCCGGAAUUCCUGAGGAUCUGUGGCAGAGCAUGGGUGGUACUGUGGAUCCUGGUGUGCUGGCAGCUCGAACUGCCUGGAGAGGUAACUGCCUCCCCCUGCACAUGAUUCCCGUGGGCACAUUGAUCUUCAACUUGGGAUUACGGCCCGGAAAGGGUGGUCAAUUGUGCCGCAGUGCUGGAACACACGCCACAGUCGUGGCCAAGGGUAGUGACUCGCGCCAGCAAACGGUUCAGGAGGUGCAGAUGGAAGCCGAAAAGAAGCCGAUGACGGCGCGUGAGAGGCAGAAGCACGAGCACCAGGCUCAGCACAUUACGGUCCGCCUCUCAAGUGGCGAAAUCCGACUUAUUCACAAGGAUUGCUGUGCCACCAUUGGCAUCACCAGCAACCCCAACUACCACUACACCCAGCUCGGAAAGGCGGGUCGCUCGCGUUGGCGCAACGUUCGCCCGACAGUCCGUGGUUUGGCCAUGAACGCCAUGGAUCACCCUCACGGUGGUGGUCGAGGAAAGUCGAAGGGUAACGUGGACCCGAAGAGUCCCUGGGGUAUUCCGACCAAAUCCGGCUACAAGACCCGUCCCAAGUGGAAGAUCAACAAAGCCGUCGUUCACGCUAGACCUCGCAACCAAGGCAAGCGUCGCCGUGGCUACAACUAA